AUGUCAGAAAACGUGGUGAGAAGAAAGCUGGUCAUAAUUGGAGAUGGUGCCUGUGGUAAGACAUCACUGCUCUACGUAUUUACACUGGGAAAGUUUCCUGAAGAAUAUCAUCCAACUGUCUUCGAGAACUACGUAACCGAUUGUCGUGUUGAUGGAAUAAAGGUUUCUUUAACACUUUGGGAUACAGCAGGACAAGAGGAAUAUGAAAGGCUGCGGCCAUUUUCUUAUUCGAAGGCCAAUAUUAUACUAAUAGGAUUUGCAAUCGACGACCCGGAGUCUCUGUCGAAUGCUAGAAUCAAGUGGACAGAAGAAGCACUACGCUAUUGUCCCAAUGCUCCCAUAAUUUUGGUUGGCUUGAAAAAAGACUUGCGAAAGAAUGGGGACGAGAGGGACAUUGUGAAGAAAGAGGAUGCAGAACAGGUCGCUAGAGCAAUUGGCGCCAAAAAGUACAUGGAGUGCAGUGCGCUAACUGGUGAGGGUGUCGAUGAUGUUUUCGAGGUAGCUACAAGAACAAGUCUCCUAGUGAAUAAAGAACCAGGUCAAGGAUGCUGCGCAAUAGCCUGA